CGCAUCCCACUUUCCGGUUCCGAUAAGAGGCUUUUUCUCAUUUUCAGUUUGUUUAUCCAUCUUCCAAAGCUCCGGCCGUCCGGCGUCAAGAAGAAAGAAGAUGAGAAUGGAAACUUUUUGAAACGGAAGACGGAAAGGGGGAGAGAGUGGUAACUGAUCAAUAAUGAGUGGCAUCAGGCAGCGACAGCGACUUGUGUCCACGCGCGGUCGCAGUGAUGAUCACGCGCCGCCGCCGCCGCCCCCUGCGCCUCCGCCGCCAACUGCGCCUCCGCCGCCAACUGCGCCUCCGCCGCCAACUGCGCCUCCGCAGCCAACUGCGCCUCCGCCGCCAAUGCAGGAAGUGUAUAAUAUAAUACCAGUUCACAGUCUUUUGAGAGACCACCCGUCACUAAGGUAUACCGAGGUACGCGCUGCGGCAGAUGCUUUACGAACUGUGGCAGAGCUCCGGCCGCCGCAGUUCUAUCCUUGGGCGUCGCACAUGGACCUUCUGGACUGGUUGGGCGCCUUCUUUGGGUUCCAAAAUGAUAACGUUAAGAACCAGCGAGAGCACCUGGUACUCCACCUGGCCAACUCCCAAAUGCGCCUUCAACCUCCCCCAGAAUCCCCAGAGGUCCUCGACAAGGGUGUUCUCCGCCGAUUCCGCAAGAAGCUUCUCAAGAACUACACCUCCUGGUGUUCCUUCCUCGGGCAAAGGUCUCAUAUCAUCCUUCCCUCCGGCCGCAAUACUGAUCCCCGCCGUGAACUCCUGUAUGUCUCACUCUACCUCUUAAUCUGGGGAGAAUCUGCAAACCUCCGCUUCAUGCCGGAAUGCAUCUGCUAUAUCUACAACCAUAUGGCGAUGGAAUUAAACAAAAUUCUGGAGAAUCGCAUCGAUGAUUCCAGAGGGAUGCUAUUUGUGCCCUCAAGUUCUGGGGAUUGUGCUUUCUUGAAGAACAUAGUGAUGCCGUUUUACGAAACGAUAAGGAAGGAAGUGGAGGACAGUCGGAAUGGAACUGCGCCGCAUUCUGCUUGGAGGAACUACGAUGACAUUAACGAGUAUUUCUGGAGCAGGAGGUGUUUCAAGAGUCUGAAGUGGCCAAUCGACAUGAGGAGCAACUUUCUCUAUACAGCUAACAAGAACGAUAGGGUGGGGAAGACGGGGUUUGUGGAGCAGAGGUCGUUUUGGAAUGUGUUUCGGAGCUUCGACAGGCUAUGGGUUUUGUUGAUUUUGUUUUUGCAGGCAAUGAUAAUUGUUGCUUGGGAGGAGACGGAGCAUCCAUGGGAAGCAUUGGAGAGAAGAGAGGUGCAGGUGAAAUUGUUGACGGUUUUUAUCACCUGGGGUGGGCUUAGACUUUGGCAAUCCAUUCUUGAUGCUGGGACUCAGUAUAGCUUGGUUACAAAGGAGACGGUGUGGCUGGGAGUGAGGAUGGUAUUGAAGAGUGUAGUUGCGCUGACAUGGAUUGUUGUUUUUUCGGUUCUCUAUGGGAGGAUUUGGAGUCAAAAGAAUGCUGAUGGGAAUUGGUCCUCUGCGGCAAAUCAGAGGAUUAUUACAUUUCUUGAGGCUGUCUUGGUGUUUCUUAUUCCAGAGUUGUUGGCAUUGGUGCUCUUUUUGCUUCCAUGGAUCCGGAAUUGGUUUGAGGAGUUGGACUGGAUGAUAGUGUCUUGGUUGAUUUGGUGGUUUCACACUCGAAUUUUUGUAGGGCGGGGUUUGAGGGAAGGUCUGGUGAACAACAUCAAGUAUUCUUUAUUUUGGAUUCUGGUGUUGGUUUCCAAGUUCUCCUUCAGUUAUUUUCUUCAGAUUAAGCCAUUGGUUGCCCCAACCAAUAAACUUUUGAAUCCUACGAAGGCACCUUACCUUUGGCACGAGUUUUUCGGCAACUCUAAUAGAAUUGCUGUGAUUCUACUAUGGCUGCCUGUUGUUUUAAUUUAUCUGAUGGAUUUGCAACUUUGGUAUUCUGUCUUCUCAUCCAUUGUUGGUGGAACAAUUGGGCUGUUUUUACAUUUGGGAGAGAUUAGGAAUAUGGAACAGCUUAGGCUUCGGUUUCAAUUCUUUGCUAGUGCCAUGCAAUUUAACCUCAAGGCAGAGGACCAGCUGCUAAGUCCCAAACAAACACUGGUGAAGAAGCUCCGUGAUGCAAUUCAUAUGCUGAAGCUGCGUUAUGGUCUUGGUCGGCUCUACAUGAAGAUUGAAUCAAACCCAGUGGAAGCAACACGAUUUGCCUUGAUUUGGAAUGAAAUAAUUAUUACUUUCAGGGAGGAAGAUCUUGUCAGUGAUAGAGAACUUGAGCUCCUGGAACUGCCGCCUAAUUGUUGGGAAAUUAGUGUUAUUCGAUGGCCGUGUUUCCUUCUGUGCAAUGAGCUUUUGCUUGCUCUUACUCAAGCUAUAGAGCUGAGAGACGCACCUGACAGGUGGGUUUGGUUGAAGAUUUGCAAAAAUGAGUACAGGCGGUGUGCUGUUAUUGAAGCUUAUGACAGCAUCAAGUAUUUGCUUCUUACCAUUGUUAAGCAGGGCACGGAAGAGCAUUCCAUAGUUUCAAAGUUUUUCAUGGAGAUAGAUAAGUGCUGCUUGGUUGACGAGAAUUUAACUGAUACAUACAAGAUGUCUGUGCUCCAAAAAAUUCAUGCCAAGCUUAUAUCUCUUAUUGAGCUUCUAAUGCAACAAGAAAAAGAUCUGAGUAAAGCAGUGAAUAUAUUACAGGCCCUUUAUGAACUAUCGAUUCGAGAAUUCCCAAGGGUGAAGAGGUCUAUUGCUGAGUUGAUCGGGGCACAUCUGGCAACGGCAAGUCUAGCAUCAGGUGAAGGACUGCUCUUUGAGAAUGCUGUUAUGUUUCCUGAUAGCAGGGAUGCUAAUUUCUAUAAGCAGCUAAAACGUCUGCAUACAAUUCUUACUUCUAGAGAUUCAAUGCACAAUGUCCCACUCAACCUAGAGGCAAGACGGCGCCUUGCUUUCUUUAGCAACUCAUUAUUCAUGAAUAUGCCUCAUGCACGUAAUGUGGAGAAAAUGAUUGCUUUUAGUGUUCUGACUCCUUAUUAUGAUGAAGAUGUGUUAUAUGGAAAAGAAAUUCAAAAGGAAAAUGAAGAUGGCAUUUCCAUUCUGUUUUACCUUCAGAAGAUCUACGAAGAUGAGUGGAGAAAUUUUAUGGAGCGGAUGUGGCGGGAGGGACUGGAGAAGGAGGAUGACAUCUGGUCAAAAAAGUUCAGGGAUCUCCAACUUUGGGUAUCAUACAGGGGCCAGACUUUAUCCCGUACUGUUAGGGGAAUGAUGUAUUACUAUAGGGCUCUUAAGACGCUCUCUUUUCUUGAUUCUGCAUGUGAGAUGGAUAUAAGCAAGGGAUCACAAAACCUAGCUUCUUAUACUCCAUUAAACCAAAACAGUGGUUUGGUGGAUGGUGCACAGGCUCCGGCAUCAAAGAAACUCAGCCAAACUGCUAGUGGUGUAAGCCUCUUGUUCAAAGGAGAUGAGUAUGGGAAAGCUCUGAUGAAAUUCACCUAUGUGGUUACCUGCCAAAUAUACGGAGUGCAUAAGGCAACCACUCCCAGAGACCGACGUGCUGAGGAUAUUCUUUAUCUGAUGAAAGAGAAUGAGGCCCUUCGGAUUGCAUAUGUUGAUGAGGUUCACUUGGGUAGAGAUGAAGUUGAGUAUUACUCUGUCCUAGUGAAAUAUGAUCAGGAGCUGCAGAAGGAGGUGGAGAUUUAUCGUAUUAGGUUGCCAGGACCCUUGAAACUUGGGGAAGGAAAACCAGAGAACCAGAACCAUGCCAUAAUUUUCACAAGGGGUGAUGCAGUUCAGACAAUUGACAUGAACCAGGAUAAUUAUUUUGAAGAAGCUCUUAAGAUGCGCAAUUUGUUAGAGGAGUUUGACACCUAUUAUGGCAUAAGGAAGCCAACAAUUCUGGGAGUUCGGGAAAAUAUCUUCACAGGAUCAGUCUCCUCACUUGCUUGGUUCAUGUCUUCCCAAGAAACAAGUUUUGUCACCCUUGGGCAGCGUGUUCUGGCGGACCCUUUGAAGAUUCGAAUGCAUUAUGGUCAUCCAGAUGUGUUUGAUCGAUUCUGGUUCUUGAGUCGGGGAGGAAUUAGCAAGGCUUCCAAAGUUAUUAAUAUCAGUGAGGAUAUCUUUGCUGGCUUCAACUGUACACUGCGAGGUGGCAACGUGACCCACCAUGAAUAUAUACAGGUGGGCAAGGGAAGGGAUGUGGGGUUAAACCCAAUUUCCAUGUUUGAGGCCAAAGUUGCUAGUGGCAAUGGUGAGCAGGUGUUAAGUAGAGAUGUAUACCGCCUGGGUCAUAGGUUGGAUUUCUUUCGGAUGCUUUCAUUUUACUACACAACUGUAGGAUUUGUCUUCGACACAAUGAUGGUGGUACUGACUGUCUACACAUUUUUGUGGGGCCGCCUCUAUCUUGCUUUGAGUGGCAUUGAGAGUUCUUCUAGUAGCAAUAAUGCAGCCCUUGGUACAAUCCUGAAUCAGCAGUUUAUAAUACAGUUGGGUCUGUUCAGUGCCCUACCAAUGAUUGUUGAGAACUCUCUUGAGCAUGGGUUUCUUCGAGCAGUUUGGGACUAUCUGACUAUGCAGUUACAACUUGCUUCACUUUUCUACACAUUUUCUAUGGGAACACGAACCCAUUACUUUGGUCAGACCAUUCUUCACGGAGGUGCUAAGUAUCGAGCCACUGGACGUGGUUUUGGGGUGCUGCACAAGAGCUUUACUGAGAAUUAUAGACUAUAUGCUCGAAGCCAUUUUGUUAAAGGAAUUGAGCUUGGUGUUAUUCUAAUUGUAUAUGCAUCUCAUAGCAAAUUUGAAAAAACCUUUGUUUUCAUUGCGAUGACAAUUUCAUGCUGGUUCCUGGUGAUCUCAUGGAUGAUGUCUCCCUUUGUAUUCAACCCCUCUGGCUUUGAUUGGCUCAAGACAGUGUAUGAUUUCGACAAUUUUAUGAAUUGGAUAUGGCAUCCUGGUGGGGUUUUUACAGCUGCUAAUCAAAGCUGGGAAACAUGGUGGUAUGAGGAACAGGAUCAUUUCAGAACAACUGGUCUGUGGGGAAAGUUGCUGGAGAUAAUUUUAGAUCUUCGUUUUUUCUUCUUCCAGUAUGGUAUUGUGUAUCGGUUGGGGAUUGCAAAUCAAAGCACCAGUAUUGCUGUGUACUUGCUAUCUUGGAUAUAUAUAAUCGUGGCAGUUGGAAUUUCUAUGAUAUUAGCCUAUGCUCGUGACAAAUAUGGUACAAAGGAGCACAUUUACUAUCGGCUAGUUCAGCUUGUAGUCACUGUUAUUAUAAUACUAGUGAUCGUUUUAUUGCUGAAGUUCUCCGGCUUAAAGUUUCUUGAUCUUGUGACGAGCAAUUUGGCAUUCCUCCCAACAGGCUGGGGCAUAAUAUCAAUUGCCCAAGUGCUUAGACCUUUUCUGCAAGCCACUUUGGUGUGGGAGACAGUGGUUUCUUUGGCUCGGCUGUAUGAUUUGCUAUUUGGAGUGAUUGUCAUGGCUCCUGUGGCAUUGUUAUCAUGGUUGCCUGGUUUUCAGGCUAUGCAGACAAGAAUCUUGUUCAAUGAGGCAUUUAGCAGGGGUCUUCAAAUAUCUCGGAUACUUUCUGGCAAAAAGUCUCAGGCAUAAUUGUGAGAUGCUUCUAUCGUGCUACUCCAAGUACGUCAUUUUUGGCAUUUCGAAGUUCAAAAGGCUAGUGGCCUAUUAAGCUUUUCAUUUCCAUCCACUCCUCCAUGCAUGCAGUUUCAUGCCCAUACUGUACUAAGGUAAUUUCUUUCACCUAGACAUAUAAUUGCUCAUUUUACAGCUGAGACACUUUUCAUCGUUAGCCAAACACUACCCACUAUCCUCUAUUGUGUAUCUUUAGGCAAAAAUUGCUUUUGGUAAACUUAAAACUGCUACUUUCUGUUUCAGUUAAAGAGAUUCAUUACCACUAUUGCAUGCAUGGUUUAUUAUUUCCUGGCAACUGGGACUUAAGAGAUCAACCUCAUUCGCCCGUUUCCUUGUCAUUUGAGAGGUUAUCUGAAAGAUUCUAACAUUAGAUGUUUGUGGCAUGGCCAAGUGACUGUAAAGGGUGAACUUUAGCGUAUGAUUCUGUACAUAUUGUCAGUACCCAAUAUUGCUUUUCUUGAACCUUCUCCAAAUUAAUGUCUGAAAUCACUUCAGUUUUCAUAAUGAUCAA